GUUAGUGGUAUUUUUACUCUACUCCUUUAAAUAUAAUCAACUGAUGUUGGUUACCAUCUUAUUUAUAUUUUGUAUAAUCUACAAUUCUGAUGCAUUUAAAAUUACAAAAGUUGAAGAAAAUAACUAUGGGAAGCGAAACAUUACUUGGAAAUGUGGAUUUUGUCUAUCAGGAUGUAGUUUAGCACACUAUUUUGUGAAUGAUGUCUAUUGGCGUGAUAUAUACAUGUUGGGUGCUGAAAAACUGUGUGCAUUCAUCUCUUCUGAAAAAAUAAAAAAAAUGUGUGACAAAUACACCUCGAAGUAUUUACCAGAGAUUUGGGAUGCAAUAGGAUCAGUAAUAGAACCUGAAGAAGUUUGUUUGGACUUCAAUAUAUGCAAUUCGAUUGAGGUUAAGAUGUUUACAAUCCAAAAAAGUGAGGCCAUAAGAUCUUCGGCUCCAGAGUGUUUAAAUUCCAUUAUCACUACCUCAUGAGUUUCUGUUUUCUCAGCGAAUACCCAUAUUUGACUAAGGUAAUCAUCAUAUCAACUUUUUUAAACAGUUGAAGAUAUUGUAAUAAUUUUCACUAUCCCAAAAGAACUAAGAUUUUUUCGUUUCAAAUGUGUUUUGUUUCUUUACAAAUAACAAAAUGUAAACAUUUUUUCUCUACCUAGUUCUCUCUAGAAUGUACACAACAUAAAUUAUGGUAUGAAAUAUUUGGUCCUUAUGUUUUGAGUCAUUGUUUCAAUACUAUUUAGAUGUAUUAAUUACGAUGAUUAACGACGAUUGUGUCCUUUUGUUUGUUUGCUUUGACUAGAAUGAACUAACUUUCUUUGUGGUUAUCCAGUUUUUAACUUCAAGGAGAUAAAUGAAUGUUUGAAAUUUCGAUCACUAGCAUAAUAUAAAAAU